GUCACAAAGUCAUAAUUAUGGCUAAACCUCGCUCAAUUCUACAACUUCUCUUAUUAAAAUCUGAUUUUUAAACCUAACCUUAUGUCUAACCUUAGACCAAAAAUGUAGUUUGUUUUCAUAUAUUUUUUACUAUGGCCAAUGUUGAAAUUGUGGCUGUGAUAACUAGUGACAAGCCAACUAGACAGCGAUGUUAUUUUAUAGUUAAACGACAGUCAGCCACUUCGGUAGCUUGCUAGCUGAAACAUUGAAGCUCUAGACUCGUUCAUGUAUAUUAUCCACUGUGUUUUAGACUCACUUCUGUCGUCUAGCUAGUUAUCCCAUUUAAUUUCAUAUUUACGUUGUUGUUAUUAGUCAGCUAACGUAGCUGGCUGGUUAAAUUCACUAGCCUAGCUAGCUAACUGUUAGCUAACAUCCCCGACCAUGAGUUCACUAAGCUACUCUCCUCCUGCUAAAGAAGAAGAGGUCUGCUGGACGGAGAAAGAGGGUCUGUGGCUGAACGUUGUCGUGAAAGAAGAGGAGGAAGAGGAGGAUGUCACAGUAACAAAAGAAGAUGAAGAUGUUGCAGUGAAAGAAGAAGAGGACGAGAAAGAGGAGGAUUCAGAUUUUGGAGAGGAGGGAGAGAUAACUGGUAUAUUGGAAGAAGAGGAGGAUCUGAUUAACACCAGAGAGAGAAGUGACUAUUGUGGAUCCUCUGGGGAGCCUCAACAACAUCAUGAUGCUGACGAGGCAGAGACGAGUGUCUCCCCAUCAGAACACCUCAAGAAACACCAACGGAAACCCACAGGGAAGAAUUCUCACCACUGCUCUGACUGUGGGAAGAGUUAUUCAAGAUCAGAUUCACUAAAAGUACACCAGAGAAUUCACACUGGAGAGAAUUCUCACUGCUGCUCUGACUGUGGGAAUAGAUUUACCUCGUCAGCAGACCUCAAAAGACAUCAGAGAAUCCAUACAGGAGAGAGACCUUAUAGCUGUGAUCAAUGUGGAAAGAGUUUUAAUGUUCCAAGCAGCCUGAAAACACACCAGAGAACACACACAGGGGAGAAACCUUUUAUCUGUGCUGACUGUGGGAAGAGUUUUUCAAAAUUAUAUACAUUACAAUCACACCAGAGAAUUCACACUGGAGAGAAACUUUAUAGCUGCUCUGACUGUGGGAAGAGUUUUUCAAAAUUAUAUACAUUACAACUACACCAGAGAAUUCACACUGGAGAGAAACUCUUUAGCUGUAAUCAAUGUGGGAAAAGGUUUACUCACUCAAGCUGCCUGAAGGUACAUCAGAGAACACACACAGGAGAGAAACCUUAUAGCUGUGAUCAGUGUGAGAAGAAAUUUGUUACAUCUAGUAGUCUGACUAUACACCGGAGAACACACACAGGAGAGAAACCUUAUAGCUGUAAUCAAUGUGUGAAAAGUUUUACUUCAUCUAGCCAUCUGAUUAUUCACCAGCGGACACACAAGAGAGAAACCUUGUAGCUGUAAUUAAUGUGGGAAGAGUUUUACUCAGCCAAACAUCCUCAUAUCACACCAGAUAACACACACAGGAGAGAAUUCUUAUAGCUGUGCAAUGUGGAUAGAGAGAUGCUGGUAAAAUUUUGAAAAUACAUACAUGAAGUUGUUUCAUGAUAUCAAUAAAAUGUCUAUGUAGAAUGUUAUUAACAUUGUAGUAGAAGGAGUAUUUUAAUGAAUGUCACAAUGUAGAAUCGUAAACGUUUCACCCCCUGUUCUAUUCAUUUCAGCGUGAUAUGGAUAUUAGCCUCGGGAUAAAUCCAGGCCUCAUCAGGGGAAGUCCAGGCUCUGAAAUGAAUGAGUGAUUAACAAAAAGUGAUUCAAAAAAAGAGUUGUUACACUUUCCGAGUUGGCCUAUUUGAAUGAGAAUGCAACACUUCAAAAUGUAGGUAGCUGUUUUCUACAAAUUGUCCUCUAACCAGGGAUGUACACAUUAUUCCCAGAUUCUGUUGGGUGUUUGAGCUGUUCGUUUUAACAGGACGUUCAACCUCAUCUCCCCCUUCUCACACAAUUGAUUUCAAUGUGAUAUCGAUGAGUGAUGACAAAUAAGUGUUUGGUUUCUCUUUGUUUUGGGGACCAAUACAUUUAAAUGCAUCACUCCAAAAUGUAGCUGACUGUCUUCUGCAGGUUGUCCUCUAACCAGUGAGGUAAAAUAUAUCUCCCAUUUUCAUGUGUUUUAUUUAGUUGUGUUAGUUUCAACAGCACGUACAACCUGAUUUCCCCCCUAAUCGAUAUCAGUGAUUUAUUGCUACUUGUCAAAACAACAGUGUUUUUGGUGCUUGUGCAGUUUAUAAGGAGCUCGUUUAAAAUUAUUCAAGGAAUAUGAUUAUUAUUGUGUUGGUGUAGAUAGUACAUUUUAUAGUCAUGUUUUCAAUAUCACAAACUGUUUCUGAAUAUUGGUUAUUGAUUUGGACACGUUAUAACUGUUCUGACAUUGGGCUCCUCCUACCAAAAUAGCAACAUUUUUGUUUUAAGAAAAAUUGAUGCCCGACAUCUAAUCUAUUUUUAUUUAUUUUUUUAAGUGAAGUUUAAAAGUGAAUUAUUGCCAAUACAUAUUAAAAGGGGUGUUCAGUUUGAUAUCUCAAAAUAUUUAUAUUUCAUGUAACAUUUAGUAAUCAUAAUUAUUUGACCAUUUUUUUUGGUACAAUAAUAUUGUAUACUAACAAUGUUGUAAAACUAGCUUAUAUUUUUGGUUUGAUAUUCUUACUAUUUUAAUCAAUGGCAUUUCUUUAAUCAAUGGCUCAUUAGUCUUUCAGUCUUUCAGUUUUUAUUAUUUUAUUAUUUCGUUUUUUUAUCCUUGUAUGUUGUGUAGUAUAUAUUUCUUUUAUUUUAGUUUUUUUCCUGUGAAGCAGGACAAAUCCAUGUCUGAAAUGUGCUAUAUAAAUAAAGCUUGAUUUGAUUUGAACAUAUUGCAAAACAAAUGAACCCAAUGACUGACCAAUCAACAGACUCUUGCUAAACCAAUAUGUGCAAAAGCAACACAUAUCUUGGUCCAUCUUAGUAUGAUGGACCAAUGUGUACUCUGCUCCCAAGUGGCGCAGCAGUCUAACGCACUGCAUCUCAGUGCUCGAGGUGUCUACGGACACCCUGGUGUGCAUACUAUGUACGUUUUAUCACUUUUCAUCCAAUCCAGUACAUUUUUGUUGAACAUUUUGAAAUUGUAGUGUAAUAUACAAAUACUCAUCAACUGGAUGAGUCACCAUUUAGUUUGGAAAUGAUCCAACCAUUAUGUAGGUUGGUGGAAAUGAUCCAACCAUUAUGUAGGUUGGUGGAAAUGAUCCAUCGACUGGAUGAGUCUCCAUUUAGUUUAGAAAUGAUCCAGCCAUUAUGUAGAUUGGUGGAAAUGAUCCAACCAUUAUGUAGGUUGGUGGAAAUGAUCCAACCAUUAUGUAGGUUGGUGGAAAUGAUCCAACCAUUAUGUACGUUGGUGGAAAUAAUCCAACCAUUAUGUAGGUUGGUGGAAAUGAUCCAUUCAUUAUGUAGGUUGGUUGAAAUGAUCCAACCAUUAUGUAGGUUGGUGGAAAUGAUCCAACCAUUAUGUAGGUUGGUGGAAAUGAUCCAACCAUUAUGUAGGUUGGUGGAAAUGAUCCAACCAUUUUGUAGGUUGGUGGAAAUGAUCCAACCAUUAUGUAGGUUGGUGGAAAUGAUCCAACCAUUAUGUAGGUUGGUGGAAAUGAUCCAACCAUUAUGUAGGUUGGUGGAAAUAAUCCAACCAUUAUGUAGGUUGGUGGAAAUCCCCAUCGACUGAGAAUGAGGGGGUCUCCAUUUUGUGGAUGUGUAAUAAUGAUGUUGAAUAAUAAUAAUAAACUACAUUGAUCAAUCUGA